CUAAACCCCUUUCCCUGCGUUUCCAAACAACAUUAUCCUUAUCAGCUCAGAGAGUGAGCAGAGCACUGAGCUACCCACCAUGGCUACUACCACUCCUUCGCUGCUUCUACACUCAUCUGGGUCUUCCUUUCUCGCUCAAUUUCGUCCCUCUCCACCCCAAUUCUCUCCUCACGGAAUCCGCCAUGGAAAUGCGGUGGUGUCCGUGAAAGCCACGGCUGCUGGGGCUGUGCUUGUGGAGAAGUCUGAGGCGGAAACGGUCUUCAGGCUCAAGAGAACUUACACUGAGAAAGUUAUUCCCAAGCUUGUAGAAGAGUUCUCUUACACCAACAUUCACCAGGUUCCUAAAGUUAAGAAGAUUGUGGUUAACUGCGGUAUUGGAGAGGCUGCGCAGAAUGCAAAAGGUUUGGAUGCGGCAGUUAAUGAUCUAGCACUGAUCACAGGGCAGAGACCUGUUAAGACUCGGGCUAGGACUUCUGUUGCCACCUUCAAGAUCAGGGAAGGUCAACCGCUUGGGAUUGCUGUGACACUCAGAGGAAAAGUGAUGUACUCAUUCCUAGAUAGACUUGUCAACUUGGGAUUUCCCAGGACAAGAGAUUUCCAAGGUGUGAACACCAGCAGCUUUGAUGGGCAUGGGAAUUUCAACAUUGGCAUUAAGGACCAGGGUGUGUUCCCAGAGAUCAGAUUUGAUGUUGUUGGUAAGCCUAGAGGAAUGGAUGUCUGCAUUGAAACAACGGCUGAAACUGAUAAAGAAGCACAAAGGUUAUUGGCUCUUCUGGGUAUGCCAUUCAGAGAGGGAGGUGGUUCUUCUGCCACCGCACUUCCCAAAAAGAAGCUGAAGUCUCAUCAUUUUGAUCCAAAAGCAAAGGGAAAAGUUAGGAAGUGACACAAUUUUGAUGCAAAAUCAUGGGGCAAGGGAACGAGGGUUGUGACCCCAAGAAACAUUAUGUUGUAUACCUUGUUCCAUUCAGAUGUAAUAACAUUGAUUCUUUUUGUAAGAGAUAUGGAUAUGACAUCAGUGAUGUCUUUCAAGGUUGUAUAAUGGCCAUGCAGAUCUUACUUGCUAACUGAUUUCCAUUUAUUUCUAUACCAUUUAGUUUAAUAGACAA